AUGCUAAGCGAGCGCUCUACCAUCUGAGCUAAUCCCCCCGAUGGCGGAACCAUAGUCAAGGGUCUACUAAUUUCUCUAUUCUCUUCGACCCUUAAUGUGAGGGAACCUCUGAACGAGUUCCGGCGGAAGUACGGAUCACGGCCUUGUCACAAAAGAAAUGGCGAGCGGAGUCGGUAAACACAAAAUCCUGAACGUGGGUCCGACGGAGGCAUGGUCGGUCAGGGAGAAGCUCUGCCUGGCCUCCUCCGUCAUGAGGAGUGGCGACCAGAACUGGGUGUCGGUGAGCAGAGCCAUCAAGCCUUUCUCAGAGACCGGACGGCCUCCCGACUGGUUUUCCCAGAAGCACUGUGCCUCUCAAUACUCUGAGCUGCUGGAAGCCACAGAAGCCCCCAAGCGUAAGCGCGGCGAGAAAGGCGAGGUGGUGGAAACCAUCGAGGAUGUGAUCGUACGCAGACUGACGGCCGAGAGGAUAGAAGAGCUGAAGAAACUACUGCGAGACACACAGGAACAGUAUAGGAAGUUGAAAAAGGACGUGGACCUGAUCCAGACGGGCCACAUGGACGUCCAGCUGAAGGAGCUGUGGACCGACAUGACGCUAAAGAAGAAACAAGACGAAGACGAGGCAGAGCAGAAGAGAAAAGCCACUGAGAAUGCUUUUCAGGCUCGCCAGGCCAUGAAGAACACCCCUAAACGGGUGCCCAGCGUUACGGUGCGCUCUCCGCUGGGUGCCAGCCCCCCCGGCCUGGAGCCACCGGCAGAACCCGCCGCACCCGCGCCCCCCACGGACCCCAGCCCCACCCCAACUUCCACCCCCAUCUCCGUCGGCCCCUCCUCCGAGGACACGGGCAGCCACCACACUUCCCAGGGAGUCGGAGUGUUCCUGCCCGUCUCAGAGCCCCCGGGGGUCGGGCCUAAAGACGGAAGCCUGGGCCCUCUGGUAGACGACUCCCCGCAAAAGAGGUGCCUCACCCAGAAGGCCACGCCGCCACCCUCCCCCCUGCUCUCUGAGCUGCUCAAGAAGGGCAACCUCAUCUCCGCCAGCCCCCGCCUGGUAGCGGAGGGCGACCUGACAGCCAGCCUGUCCAAUGGAGUGCAGACAGCCACGGCGACUGUUCCCAUGCCAACCAGCCUGCAUGACAUCACCGCCGAGGGGGAGGCGGAGGCCGGGGUGAAGGCGGAGCUGGGGGCAGAGCCGGGCCUGGUGGAGGAGGACCUGGUGGCCGUGUCCUACAUGGGGGACGAGCUGGACCUGGAGACGGUGGGGGGCAUCAUCGCCAUCAUCGAGGAGAAGGUGGAUGACUCCGUGGAGGCGUUGGACGCGGCGGCGGUGGAGGAGGCGCUCUCCCUCUGCGAGGAGGCCGACUCCGGGUCCCACCCGCUACCGGGCCCCUGGGAGACCCAGACCCAGGACUCUGAGCCCGGGAGCCCCGUCCUGGGCCCCCUCCAAGGGUCCGAGCAGGAGCCCCCGGGGCCGGCCGUGGCCCCGGCCGUCUCCCCGGGCCCCGCCCGCGCCGAGACCCCCGUUCCGCCGGAGCCGGCGGGGGACCAGCAGCUCCCGGCCGGCAGGGAGGGGCCGGAGGCGGCGGGGAACGAUGAGGUCACUUCCUCCAUGGCCUCUGACGACUGCACCAUGGGGGGCGAGGCGGGGGACGGGGAGGGGCCGGGGGGGGAGAAGGAGGAGCCCGAGGUGGUGGUGAAGAGCGAGGGGGAGGAGUGGAGCCAGCAGGAGGUCAACCCGCCCUGUCUGGACUCUGAGGACAGCUCUGUGUCGGGGAAAGAGUCAAAGGAGGUGAAGGAGGAGGACCCGGGCAGCGAGGCGGAAGAGAGCAUGGAGCUGAAGGAGGAGUGUGGCGAGGGGGAGGGGCCCUACCUGUCGGAGGUAGAGCGGGCGGCCAGCGAGAGCGAGGACGGCUACGGCCCCUCCUCCCAGCGCUACACCACGGCCGACUCGCUGGCCAGCAGCCCCGCCUCGUCCUCUCAGUUCUCUACGUGCGGGGAGGACCAGGAGGCCGUCCAGGCCCAGAAGAUCUGGAAGAAGGCCAUCAUGUUGGUGUGGAGGGCGGCGGCCAAUCACAGGUACGCCAGCGUGUUCCUGCAACCCGUGUCAGAUGACAUCGCCCCGGGGUAUCAUAGCAUAGUGCACAGGCCCAUGGACCUAUCGGCCAUCAAGAAGAACAUCGAGGCGGGGGUGAUCCGCACCACGGCUGAGUUCCAGCGCGACAUCAUGCUGAUGUUCCAGAACGCCGUCAUGUACAACUCGUCGGACCAUGACGUGUACCACAUGGCGCUGGAGAUGCAGCGCGACGUGCUGGAGCACGUGCAGCAGUUCCUCGCCACGCAGCUCAUCAUGCAGACCUCGGAGAGCGCCAUCUCCACCAAGAGCCUGCGGGGCCGCGAGGGCGGCCGCAAGCCCGGGGAGCCCGCCGAGAAGCGUACUGUACGUAGCAGCAGCACACGGGCACAGACAAAUGGACGUAUGGACGGGGGCACCAGGGGCCGCCGCAGCGCCAUGGAGGCUGACCUCAAGAUGAAGAAGUAGAGAAGAAUCACCAGACCUCGGAGCGAGACGAGAGAGAGAGAGAGAGAGAGAGAGAGAGAGAGAGAGAGAGAGAGAGAGAGAGAGAGAGAGAGAGAGAGAGAGAGAGAGAGAGAGAGAGAGAGAGAGAGAGAGAGAGAGAGAGAGAGAGAGAGAGAGAGAGAGAGAGAGAGAGAGAGAGAGAGAGAGAGAGAGAGAGAGAGAGAGAGAGAGAGAGAGAGAGAGAUGGACACCCUGUCAUGCCAAAAUAUAGAGUGCAGAUGAUAUCAUAGUUCUGGGUUAGGUGUCCCCCUUUAACAGGCUACUCUCUCACACAUGCCUCCAUGUGUGUGUGUGGGUAGGUGUGUGUGGAUGUUAAUGAGGCUCUAGUGUGUCCUUGUGUUCGCUCUCCAGAUCAGGGCUUGGCUGAACCCUGAUCUGGUGUGCUCCUUUUCCCCAGUAACCGGUCUUAAGGGAUCCAUGUUAUCUAGUCUUUGGGAUGCGCCGGUAGCUACACCGGCCUUCACAGUGCUGUCCAGAACGCCUCUUAAUACUGAACGCCUGCAGACUUUAAUGACGUUGCAGUGAAUCCCGUCAGACCGUUAAGCAAUAGAUUGUUUCCCCCCCCUCCCCUUUAAAUUAUUUGUGUUGAACCACGCCAUGUUUGUGACUUUAUUAAGUCUUCCGAAGGGUAAAGCAUUUCCCCCCCCCCCAAGAGUUACCGGGCCAAGAAAGCCGAAUUGGUGACUUUGACAAACAUCCAAGUGAGCAUCCCAAGUUCAGUCUCCUGUGAUAUAGCGGUAGAAAUCUGGAAGUCGGUGUAUACUGUGUCAUGUGCGUGCGUUAGGUUAGAGUACUUGGUUGUACCGCGGCGAUGGACUUUGUUUGGGGCCAGUGGGAGUUCAUGUAUCCUGUGUUCAGUUGUACAUUUGUUUAUUAAAAAAUAUUAUUUGAUCUUU